AUGUUAUUUACGGUUUUCGACGCCCGAGUGCCGACAGCAACAACAAAGCGAAGACAAUCCGCCACCCCCGCCAAACCGCCUCCUCAGCACGCUCCCGCCCCCCUCCAUGAUAUGCCCCGAAACCUCGUUCCGGCGAAUUCAACAAGGAAUCGAAACCGGAUUGGGAACAAGACUCGCCUCAAAAUCUACCGAGGCCUAAUCGAUGCCGACCCACUUCUCCUCGAUGAAGAUAAUUUCGGGUCUAAUUCGAUUCAAACAGCAGGCGUAGAUGCAGAGGAGACGAACGAACAUCAUUUGCAAGCCGUUCUCUCUGCGGCGUCUAAACGUAAUCAGCUUGCCGCCCAACGGACAAGGGCUGGCGACAAGCCAGUUGAGUCUGUAGCCUACAUCCCGGUGCCGGACUCCACUGGCCUUGUCGACAAAUACGAAGAUCUAUAUCCGCCUGGCCGAUGGAAGGACCCGAUUACCUACGUCGCUACUUCUGCCACCGUCGAAGAGUGCUGCAGGGGCGCUCUGUCGAAUGGAUUUACCUACUACAUGGAUGAACGUGACAAAGAAUGGCUUGAUAAGAAUAAUGAAGAAGCCAGAGGCGAGGGUACCAGUACGCAGGGUGCAGUUUCUGCUUCUGCAUCCGGUGCUACUCGCGUAUCGGCGCGUAGUGCAAAGGCUAAAGGCAAAGAGCCUGAGUCUUCUCAGCCUCUGGUCAUUGAAGAGGAUAUCUUCGAACUUGUCAUGGGGCUCUUCGAGAAGGUCACUCACGAGAAAACCGAACAUCUUCACCUUUCACUGAACACCGGCAUGGCUUUUCCGGCAUUCACGGAAUAUCAGGAAACGUUCGCGUCGCCCAUGCAUCCGUCAUAUUUUGCUACUUUCGCCGUGCCAACGGGCAUACCACCUCCUACUGUACUCGUACGACUUGCGCGUUUGAUCUAUCCACAUUGGAAGGAGAGACGAUUGGAACGCGGCGGCCUUCGAAUUAUCCCUGCUCUACAUGGCGACGAGACUGAUACCCUUAACGAGUCCUACGUUUGCUUCCGCCGUCGGGAGAUCAAGGCUGUACGCAAAACUAGAGCGUCUCAAGUUACAUCUUCCGACAAGCUUGCGCGCCUGCAAAACGAACUCUCAUACCCACUGGAAAUGGCGAAAGCUCUUUUCACUCGCGAGAUGAUGAAGAAGGAAACUCUCCACAAUGCAAGAGCAGUUUGGGAGAAGCGAAUGACAAUUGUUGAUCUGAAACGCAAGUUCCCCAUGCUUGGAGACAAGGCAGACGAAGAGCUACUCUAUGACAAGGAACGUGUGGUCAAGAAGCCGAAGCUCGAGACGCCGCGCCUCAAGCUGCGCCACGAUCCAGCUUCGCCAGCCAUGCCCGCCGAGGCCGCUAUACGGCCUAGCCACAGGGCUGCCACAAUACAAGCCCAUGUCGAGCGCGAGGUUUCGAAGCAGAAGGACAGAGAUCAUCAUUGGGAAGAUUCACUCGACAAUGCUUAUCAGCAGUUGCCUGUGCCAUUUGCAUCUAGGUCUUUCAAGUUUAUCCAGCCCUCGGAGUCUGUGCCCCUGGCCGAACGCCAGCAUCGCGCAAUCCGACGUCGGUAUGGCCGUGGAGGCCGGACUUGGAUUGACCGCCGCAGUCGUGGUCCAGGACCCAGGUUGCUGCAGGAAGCACUGGCUGGAAUGGACGAUUCCACUCCACCACCACGCCGUUUCCUUGCCUUCGAUGAUAGUGGCAGCGAACGCGUUGACGAUCCGGAGCUCACAAGGCGACUUGCAAGUCGAUGGAAGUUCGAUGAAGACGACUACCCACCCACCGGUCCCAGUGGCGCCGACGAAAACGACCGCAUCCUCGUUGAUGAUUAUACUCCUCGGCACCUACUGGAGACUAUGAAGCUCUUCUCGGACUCAGACUUAACCUCGCUGAUGACCGAUAACACCAUUAUUGUCACUCAUGCUGAUGGACGUCAACACCCAGUAGUUCCGUAUCGUCUUGGCGUGCCCCAAGUUAGACGGGAACCUCCACGCAUGCCACCAGGGGUAGUGACGCCUCAUUUGAUGCAACAGCCCACCUCCAACGUCGCUGUAUCAGCCGUUGUUGCUCCUCAGAGCAAUGGUGUCGUCAACGGUGCAGUGCCCGUUGCGCUCUCCACCCAAUUACAGCUGAAGAAGAUUCCUCCUGGCGUAAGUCUACACUCGCCUAUAGCCAACCAUUCGCAAGGGCGCACAGUGUCAAUGCCCAAUGGCAAUGGUGUUUCCGGCGGAGGAAUGCGAACUGUAUCGGUGGACGGUGGAAUGAGGCCUCCUCUGUCAGCAGGGUCGUCGCCUGUCGUAUCGAGUAUGCCGACCAACAUCCCUACUUCGCAGUCCUCACCUCCUCACGUUCAUUCCGUUCCACAGCAGCUAUCGUCGACCGGGGUAAACGGAGUGAACCGUGGGGCUAUUAAUAUGCCUCAUCUUGACUUGAGCAAAUCAGACGUCCAUCUCAGCCCAACCACCAAUGCUUUAAUGAAUGUUCCAGCUUUGCAAACGUCUCAACCACGGAAGGCUUCUUCGCCAGAGGUUCCCCUCACAACUGAUACCAACAACGUGAUCAUACAACCUGUCAACGGCGCAGCGCUCGUGCGACCGAAGUCACAGAACCAGACAGUACAGCCCAACGGAUAUCACCCUGCCGCUAUCCAAACUUAUACCAAUGGCAACGCUGUAUUCAAUGUCCAAGGACAGCAGGGGAGUGGCCUUAGUCACCAACAACUGCAGAACCUCAAAUCAGCCUUUGCAAAUAUUCCGACGACGCAAGAUCUUGUGCCUGUACCGCAAGGCGUCAACGGUGUUGCUGGUCGUCCUGGCGUCGGCGUCCCAUACGUGCAAGUGCCGAACGGGACUUACAAUGUUCAGCUUAACGGGAACGUUGCUUUGACGCCGAAGUUACCUCCGGCUCGACCAAUGCAAUGGGGAAACACUGCUCGGGCAACGUCCAUGAGUAUCAACGGGGUUAGCCCUGACCACGCCCCUUUGGUGAACGGGACAUCGAUGUCACCAAGUCCAAGCCUCACCAACGCCAUCCCGGUGCGCUCCCCCUCACGAACUGGCAUGGGAGUAGGGAUGCGACCACCUGGUGUUGGUGGAAUGGGUAUAGCUGGUUCCCCGAAUCGCGUAGCCCAUUCGAUGUCGCCACAUCUCCAGCAGAGUUCUCCGCCUCAUAGUAUUUCGCCUAAUACCUCUCAGCUACCGCUUCCAACUGCACCUUCACCCUCGAUUCAACACCACCAAGCUAUCAAUGGGAUUCAAGGUGGUUUUUAG